UCUCCUGACCAGAAUGGAGACAAACUAUCAGUUUUCUAGCCGGAUGUGAUGCUGCUUAGUAUCGGAAGCAGGGGCGGGUUCAAAUGAGGGAGCUGCUGGAGAUCGGUAAGCGAAGUUGGGAGAGGCCGAGGCCGGGGCCUGCAAAACUACCGGGGAUAUGCGAGGUGCAGCGGCAGAAGAGGAGGCCGCGUCCUAUAGGGUGCUAAGCCGGCUGCUGGGCUGCGGAGCGGAAACAGGCGAAGAGGCUGCUCGACCCAGGCUCAUGGUGUUUCGGAAUACACUUCGGGGGGAGGAGGAGGCUUCAAUAGAAAUGGGGGCCGGGGAGAAAGCUGUGCCUGCACAGGGUGCUACUCAGCCGGCUGCAAUGUGUCGCCACCGUAAAACUGCGCAUUCCGGGGAGGAAGGUUUGGAGUUGCAGCUGGGAGCGCUGGGACUGCGGGGGGCUGGCUGCCCCUGUGAAGAGACUAGCGAUGCGCUGUUGGUGCUGGAGGCGCCUGAAGCUAGGAGGUUGGAGGAAGAGGACGACGGGGAGACUGGACAGGCUGGUGCGUCAGCCAGGAAAGGAACUGGAUUUAAAGGCUCGUUCAGGAUUCGCCUCUCCAGGAUCUUCCGCACCAAGAGUUGUGCCGGAGCUGGAGGAGCCGUUGAUAGGAGAGGAGCUGGAGAGCUGGGAGGAUCAGGUGGCAGCCUGACUGAUAUGUCUGGGGACAGGGAGCUGGGCAGGUGA